CGGGCCGGCCGGGCGGGAGCCGACAAUGAGCCUCCAUAAAAGGGAGCAGCGGGGGGCUGGGGCCCCGGAUUAAGCCCUCCCCGCUCGGGGUCCGGACGCUCCUGGUGUCGGGGAGGCCCGGACGCGCCCGUCACAGCCCGGCUAACGCGGGGCGGCCGGCAACGGGGAGGGGGCUGCGGGCGGGAGCGGCCGCCGAGUGCGCGCCCAGGCCUGCGCGCUCGUCCUCCAGCGUCCGGUCAUCGAAAUACCCCCCGGCCGCACCAUGGCCCUGAAGGCCGAGGGCGCCGCGCUGGACUGCUUCGAAGUGACGCUCAAAUGCGAGGAAGGGGAGGACGAGGAGGAGGCCAUGGUGGUGGCGGUAAUUCCGCGGCCCGAGCCGAUGCUCAGAGUGGCCCAACAGGAGAAGACCCCACUGCCUCGGCCCAGCCUGCUGGAGGCAGGCAGUGAUGGCUGCGAGGAGCCCAAGCAGCAGAUGUCCUGGGAGCAGGAGUUCCUGGUGGGGAACAGCCCAGGAGGCAGUGGGCGGGCGCUGUGCAUGGUGUGUGGGGCCGAGAUCCGGUCGCCCUCUGCGGACACAGCACGCACACACAUCCUGGAGCAGCACCCGCACACCCUGGACCUGAGCCCUUCUGAGAAGAGCAACAUCCUGGAGGCCUGGAGCGAGGGGGCGGCCCUUUUGCAAGACAUCAGAGCUGAGCAGCCAUCCCCACUCCACUCAGACUCAGGCCAGGAUGCAGAUGCAGACCCCGCGUCCGCCGCAGACCCUGCCAGGAUGCCUGCAGAGAUUGUCGUUCUCCUCGACUCGGAGGACAAGCCAUCCCUGCCGAGGAGAAGCCGGCCCAGGGGCCUCCGCCCCCUCGACCUUCCUGCUACCCCUGUCACAGAGCAAGUAAAUAAGAAGCCCCGUGGUCAGAGAUGGAAGGAGCCCUCUGGGGAAGAGCCAGUCAGAAAGAAAAGAAGCAGAACCAUGACCAAAAACCUGGACCUGGAUCCAGACCCAGACCCAGACCCUCCGUCACCUGACUCGCCCACAGAGACUUUUGCAGCUCCCACUGAAGUCCGUCACUUCACUGACGGCAGCUUCCCUCCCGGCUUCGUCCUCCAGCUUUUCUCCCACACCCAGCUCAGGACCUCAGACAGCAAGGCCGUGCCCAAAGAAGGGAGAGCAGCCGAAGGAGGCCUUCCCCAGCCGGAAAGCCCCUCUCCAGCUCCCCCUCCGGGCCUUCGAGGGACGCUGGAUCUCCAGGUUAUCCGCGUGCGGAUGGAGGAACCCCCAGCAGUCAGCCUCCUGCAAGACUGGUCCAAGCAUCCCCAGGGCACCAAGGGUAUGGGAGCAGGUGACACCCCAGACUGGCCCAUGGUUCUGUCGGAAUCCAACACCACUGUGGGGGGACAGCCAGAGGCAGGGAGUGCUGUGUAGGUUCUUGUUUUCCUGGGGCGGGGGGAGGGGAGGCAGCAGCCCCCUUUGGCUUCUCACCUGGAGCUGCCAGCUCUGCCACCUGAUGGAGAGUGAAACCAGGUGCCGAGGCAGGAUGGAGGAGAGGAAGGGGGCAGCGUCUGUUAGUUGACGGCACUGGAAAAUGUCUGCCUGGCAAGGUGGGCGAGGGUGGCUGAGGCUGUCGUGUGGUGGGGCAUUGGGCCUGUGGAGAACACCUACCCCGAUCCUUCUGCUGACCCAGACCUCUCCCCUACCGCCUCCCACCCUCUCUUCACCCCCCACCAUUCUCCCUUGGCACAGUGCCUUACACAAGAGGUGGUCAUCACGGGGUUUGAACUGAGUCCCACUACCUCGGGGGUCGCCUCUCCUCCCCCUCCCCCUCGUUCAGGCUCCUAAACCAGGAGGCCUCCAUUACCUCUUCCCACUCUGUCCCCGCAGGAGGCCCAAGCAGCCCAUCUGAGGGCUCCAUUCACUCCCAUUCUCCUUUCUCCUAUUUCUUGUUGUAUAUAUCUCCUUUGUUGACAAUAAAUUAUUUUUUUUUAUUAAGAGA